UGUGCGACAUAAAAUGCGUACAAUCAAACAUACAAACACACCUACAUACAACUGCCAACGCGUGUGACGUACGUACUUUCUACUGUCGCAUAUAGCGAGUGUGGUGGUGGUGUUUGGAGAUAGCAGUCCAGUUUGAAACUGUAUCGCUUGUAAGAUGGACGUGGCACACGGGUCGUCUGCUGAGACUGGCCUAUCGCGACAGGAUUUAGCUGCUAUUUGGCGUAAUUAUUGGAGGUGCAAGAACGGAGCACCAGACGAGGAAGUCCCCCAAUUUUCUAACCUUCGAGCUGGAGUGCGCCCUUACGGGAAAAAUCGUGCCGGCUAUCUUGGUGACCAUUUUAUCCUGGAACUAUCUGCCGAUCAGCGACCGGACUUGCGGCUGGAAUUGUUUUUAAAAGCUACGCCAACAUCCAUUCCCGAGCUGUCCAACUACCUGUCCGCGAUAGGAACGUCCUACAAAGAGGCAAGAGUGUACAGCGAACUGUUUCCGGAACUGCGGCGCUUUUCGCGCUUCGCUCCCGAGUGUUUUCUAUCGGAAGCAACGACGGGCAGCGAAGUGUUGGUGCUGGAAAACCUGGCCACGCAAGGGUUCCAGAGCAUUGCCAGUGCAGAGCUAGGCGUGCUCGAUGAAGCACAUCUAAAAUGCGCCCUUGCGUCCCUAGCAAAGUUUCAUUCCGCAACGCUACUGUUUGAGCGGGAAAAGGGUGUAGAUUUGCCGGCACACUUUCCGGGAGUGUUGAACGAAAACGCAUGGAUUAGGCGAGAGAACAAUCCUCGCGUACAGGAGCUCGAAAAUGCGAUCGAUAUUUUGCUUCAAUUUAUUGGCGAGAUUGAACGAGACGACGAGGCACGGUUGCGAACAAUUCUGCCGAGAGUUUCCACAUUUAUGCUGCAAAUCUACGAGCUCGUAAAGCCUUCAACCAAGUACAAGAAUGUCGCCUGCCAUGGUGAUCUGUGGGCGAGCAAUGUGAUGUUUCGAUAUGAAUCAACUGCCGAGCACCGAGUGCCGGUGGAAUGUUUGUUGAUUGACUUCCAGUUCAUGCGCUAUGCGCCACCAGCGUACGAUGUAAACAUGCUCCUAACGCUCACAACCACCGGUGAAUUCCGGCACCAGCACUACGACACACUGACGCAACACUACUACCAGUGUUUGGUGUCGGAAUUGGCGAAGCAUCCCGCCGCUCUCGGUGCAGACGGGCGCGAUUUAUAUCCGGCGGCAAUGUUCUACGAGUCCUGUGAGCUGUACAAAACGUCGGGGAUGAUUGAAAACUUCUUGAUGAAUCAUGUCACUUUACUGCCGCGCUGCUACAUCGAUAACAUAUUUUCCUCGUCCGAGUGCUACAAAAGCUUUAGUGGAGCUGACAAAGUUAAAUUGUGUUUGGAUGUCUUGCAGAACGAUCACAACUAUCGCGAAAGAAUGACCGGAAUCGUAAAAGAUCUGAUACAAAUGGUGUAAUCAAUGGAUGGAAAUGGGGCGAAAAUCGUUUUCACCACUGUUGGAUCUUUAUUUUCUAUUCGUUACGCUUUAUAAAGGUUACUCGAAGCCAAACAAGUACUGCAACA